UCACACUGGGUUUUUCCACUGUGGAAUUUAAACUUGCUUAAUAAAACUAACUCUAAUACUGAAACUAUUGCUAAUAAUGAAAAGUUAAUGUAAGUUUGUGGCAGUUAUUUAGAAACAACCAUGCUGUGUGGUCAGAAUAUUUUGAGGAACUGCGGAGCCUGAAGUGAAAUCUUUAAAAUACGAAUCAUGCAGUCAUAAAAGAAUUGUGUAUUCCAGGACUUUGAAGACUACAGGUUUGGAGAAUCCAGAAACUUUCUCACUGUUCAUGACAUAUUGCUUGAGCUAAUAAAGUUAUUGCCUUAUUGUGGAUAUUGGAAUUUUUGUUAAUGAUCGACAUGGCUUUUGUUGUUUUGCAUUUUUACAUGGCUUUGCAUUAGUGUUAAAGAUUUAUGAGAGUCAAGACUGAGCCAAACUUCAUAGUGCACCAGUCCAGAAGGGACUCCCAGACUUUUCAUCCUGUGACUCAGUUAACUUUGUUUACACAGCCAACUCCAUUCAUUCACUGAAACAAAAUCACACCCUCUGAGGUGGCCGAUACAAUUUUAACAGCUUGUCCGGGGAACCUGUCAGAUUCAUUAGGACUGAGCAUUUACAUUCCUGGGGCAUUUCCAGUGUGUUUAUGCAUUCUCCCUCACACACACACACACACACACACACACACACACACACACACACAGGCAGAGCUGGGAAAAGAGGAGGAGAAAUCUGGUAAUUAGAAGGCAUGCAUCAUCAUCCCAGCCAGCAACCAGUUGAUUCUUAAACUACUUUCAUCAUGUGGAUUCACUGGAGAAAUGAGCUUCCUGCAUCAGACAUGCCAAAUUAUAAACUGGUUCCUUUGUUCUCUGUGCUCACCCCGGCUGCUGAGAUUCUGGAGUGGCAGGUGUCUAUGGACCAGAAGAAAUUUGCUAUUGGGCACAGCCUUUGUGAUAUAUCUGGGUUUUCUUGUCAGCCAAGUGGGUUAUACUGUACCUCAGCACAGAGUGGGACCUCCCAAAGCAAAUUCCAGGAACCUCCAAGAUGCUGCUCAGACCCCUUUCCUGGAAAUCCCUUUGGAUGGCACCUUGUCAUUUCCUGACUUGGAAAGAUCCCUGGUGGAGACAAAUGACAGCUCAGCACUGCCCAAUGUGGUAUACAUCACCCUUCGAUCUAAGCGCAGCAAACCUGCCAACAUCCGAGGCACUGUAAAGCCCAAGAGAAGGAAGAAGCAAGUACUGCCUUUGCACUAUGGAAAUGAGAACCAACUGGUUGGCACUAGUGAGAAGACCUUAAUCCAAAAGUCAUUUCAUGGGACCAGUAAAUUGCUUAACAAGAAGAGAACAGCAGAAGCACUUCCAGAGAAAGCAAGGUAUGUCAGGGAGAAAUACAAAGAGAAAGAACUUACUCCAAAGGAUAGGAGGCACUGGAGACCUGCAGUGACUAUAAAAGGUGUAAAUGUUCAGCCCCGUAUUCAGGAGAGCAAUAUCAGGAUGUACAGUGAAAGUCCUCCUUCUUGGUUGAGCAAAGAGGACAUUUCAAGUAUGCAUCUCUUGGCAGAUUCCAAAAUAGACAGUAUCCAAGAGGCUCCUUCUCAGCAUGGAGUACUUCUGGUAUUUGGGAGGACCACUGCUAUUAGCAAGUCAGCCAGAGGAGAUGUCUGCAGCCAAAACCACUGUGGCCUCAUUAAGAGACCUCUUGACCUGAGUGAAGUGUUUGCCUUCCAUUUGGACAGGAUCCUGGGACUGAACCGGACCUUGCCUACGAUAAGCAGAAAAUCAGAGUUUGUACAAGAUGAUCAACCGUGCCCUGUUGUUCUUUGGGAUGCCUCCUUGGCCCAAACAGACAAUGAGACACACUCGUCACUGAGGCUAAACUGGGGGACUUACAAGCAACAACUCAAGCAAAAGUGCUGGCAGAAUGGGAAAGUGCCCAAAGCAGAAUGGGGCUGUACCGCUGUCCAUCACCACGAAUGGUCCAAGAUGGCACUUCUUGAUUUUCUUUUACAGAUUUAUAACCGCUUGGAUAAGAACUGCUGUGGGUUCAGACCACGCAAAGAGGACUCUUGUGUACAGAAAGGACUGAAUCUUAAUUGUAAUGACCAGGACAACAUUGAUUUGACACACAUUAUCCAGAGGAAGGAUGAGCCAAGGCAUUUAGUUUUUAUAGAUAAUAAAGGCUUCUUUGACCGAAGUGAAGACAAUCUAAAUUUCAAAUUAUUACAUGGCAUAAAUGAGUUCCCAGAAUCUGCAAUCUCUGUGAUGAAAAGCCAGCGUUUACGAGAAAAGCUUCUUCAGUCUUUGUUCCUUGACAGAAUUUUUUGGGAUAGCCAAGGGGGUCGCCAAGGCAUUGAAAAACUAAUCGAUGUGAUAGAACGGAGGGCUAAAAUUCUUCUCACCUACAUCAAUGCACAUGGUGCUAAAGUGGUACCAAUGAAUGAAUGAGGCUGCAAUCCUAUACUCAUACUUUCUUGGGAAUUAAGCUCCAUUGAACACAGUUGGAUUUCUUCUAAGUAAACAUGGAUAGGAGUGGGCUAUGAAUGAAUGAGUAAAAUAGCCAGGUUAUAAGGAAAAGUUGCAGGUUUCGUUAAUGAGAGAAUGAAUCUAUGCACACCUAAUGCAAAAUUUGGGGCUUCUCUACAUCAGGAAGAACUGCUACUUUAUUGAAGCUUCUUCCAUUUUCCAAAUGUGUCCUUUGCAUGGCUUUCCCUCCUAGGGAUUGAGUUGCCUUUCUGUAUAUUCUAUUAACCAGCCACAAGAUUGUGCUAUGGUAUAGCUGCAGUAGAGCAGAUUUGUGAGCCUUUUGUCCCAGAAUGUCUCAGUUUAAAAUUUAAUACCAGACUUUACUUCAUCUUAAAAAAGGGAAAAUAAUCCAAGAAGGCUGGGAAACCUCGGAGGUUCUCUGAAGAGUGACGACACUGUACACACAGUGUACACACAGGGCUCUUGAGUGCACAGUGACAGCCUCAUGCAGUGAAGCUCCUAUUGGAUUUGCAUUGGGAUAGGCCGCAAUCCUAGACAGGUUCAUCUGGAAGUUAAGUCCUAUUGAAAUUAAUGGAGUUUAUUUUUGAGUAAGCUUGAAUAGGCGUGGUUUGUCAGUUUCCAAAGAACAUAUGAACAAAGAACAAGUCUAACAUUUUAAAAUAGGUGUUUUAUGAACAAAAAAACAUCCUAAAUUAUUUGCGUCAUGAAGUCAUGCAAGUUUUGUUUCCUGUUGGUAACUAAAGAUUGGAUCCAGAUUUAGGCAUCUUGUGACCAGCCUGGCAGAAACAAACUUCCUUGCCACUGUUUGCCAAUGCAUGUCUUUCAACCCACUAAAAAUGGCUACAAGAGGUAGUGGGAUCCCACUGAUUGAAGUGGGCUCUCACACAUGGCUGGCUAGAUGCCUGAAAACUGGGUGGAGGCACCAUCUGCAAGGGGUUGCCGUGGGAGAAAGGGCUGGAGAAAACUGCACACACAUCUGCUAAACACACCUACAUCUGGAUCCAAACAUAUAAGAAUAUUUAACAGAUUUCGUAUUUAUUGCAUGGGCAAUACACUUGGAAUGAGUUCAUUUAGGGACACCCUCCCCCCCAAAAAUGACAAAAGUUGCAGCUUUCAGACUACUUAUUUCAAUAGGACUGUUUUGAAAUAAUAUUUUUUUCCAAGAUUGCUGCAAAUAACUUGCUUGAGGCAUACAGUUAUAUAGACCCCAGUCAAACCACUGUUGUUGACAUUUCUGUACAUAAGCAAAACUGUUCAGUAAAACAAAAAAACCAACCCCUCCAAUGAAAAAAGACCAAGUUCAUUCUUUUUGUAAUUAGAAGCAUGUUGUUAACGGUAUCAGUAAAUAUGCUAUCCAUAGAACCAAGAAGAUUGUUCAUAGGAAUGUUACAUUCUUUAUUUUUAUGUUUUACUGAGAUUUUUUUUUACCAUUUAUUUGUUGAUUUCUUCAGAAAUCUAUAGAAAACUAGAAGCCCACAGACAAAGUAUUGACUGAGUAGUUCAGAUCAAUGCAUGAAAUUCAGCUCCAGCUCCAGCCAUACCUGGAGCUUGGCUCAUUUGAGGUGCUGUAUUAAAAUACUGCAGUGUCAGUAAUCCUGAACUGAGUGAAUUCUCCCAUCACUGUUUAGGUCUUUGCCAUUGUAAUUAGGCAUGCUACAGAAAUCCACAACCCACACUUUUACUGGAAAACCAUCCUGUAGGGAAUGGAAAUGGUAAUUAACCAGUUUAAGGCUGCAGCUCCAUGUGCAGUCACCUGCAGGUGAGCCCCAUUAAGCUCAAUAGUACUUUCUUCUAAGUAGGAAUGUCUAAGGUUACACUGUAUGUCCUUGUGGUAUGCCUUUUCUGAACCCUGUGGGAUUCCUUACUCAUACUUGGAAUGCAAUGGGUUUGAUGAUUAAUGGGAGAACUUGCCCACGAAGGGAAUGGACUGCGUCAUCAGAAGAUCAAAUCCCCCAAAUUAUAACAUGAUUGGAACAGCAGUUUCUCAAAGUAGCUAUUUCAGCUUGCUUUGGACUUCUAAUGUAUGGAAUUAGGUUAACUCCUUUAUUUCAUUAUACUCAGUUGUGAAAGUCACACUCUAUGUAAGUACUGAGUAGUUCCUAUAAACAAGAUACUCUAUUUGUUACUGAAAGUAAAAGGCCGAUUUCACAUCCAUAAAUUCAGUUCUGUGCCAAAGAAGCACUACUUAUUGGCAAUUGUAAACUGUUCACUUUUUCUCAUUCACCUUGACUGUUGGACAGCAGUAGCAGGUAAAUUCAUCCCUCUGAUUUUAGAAUGGCAAGGACUUUGUUUUAUUCCCUUCUGGAAGCAGGGCAACAGGAAUUGGGGAAGAAGCUUUCUCAAGCCAAUCACAAGCUGUAUACAUUUGUUUCGUUCACUUGUUCUGUAAACAACCGUUCCCAGCUACUUUCCAUUUUUGGGCAUAUGGGAUCAGACACAUCUUCACAUUCCAGUCUUGUCUGAAGGGAGUAUUCAAAGAACCCAAGAACUCUCUAUAUGGGAAAUGAGCAUGUGUUUAAAAAUACAAAAGCAAAAAUAAAAACAUUACCCCACCCCCACCACGCCUAAGUUAAAUGUCAACAUUUUUAACAUCCCUGAAUGGUUUCAUCAUUAUAAAAUAGAAUUUGGGAAUGUUUAUGUAUUUUCACACAAAGAGAUCCUUUUUUUUUUGCUCCAGAUGAUAAGCAAGACUGUCUGAAUAUUCAUUCUAGUAGACGUCUGUGAGCAAAUCUUAAUUUCCCUAAAGAAAAAAUGCUCUAAUUUAGAGCUCAGAGAUGCACAUAUGCAUCUUUUCUCAUCAUUUCAGCAGAGACUGGUGCUUAAAUCCUCUGGCACGCACGGUGCUACCUUCCCAAAGAGGUGAAUGGAAGUCCUUGUGCGUACUGCAGCUACUUCUGUGCAGAGUUCCUUGUCUGCUUUGGAGCAACUCAUUUGGGUUCAAUCCAGAAUAAUCCCUCUUUUUAUGUCCGGACUGGCAGAGGCCACUGAGCAUCAAACCAGCACUGACAAACUGAAUGUUCUGGGACCUUGUUUUUUUUUUUUUUGGACAAUGGUGCACCCAGCACCUGACUUGAAUGUAUGCUGUUCUUUUAAAGCACAGUUACCUGAUGAAUGAGAAGCAUGUGAGGCAAAAUGCACUGAUGGUAUGCAACUGUAAUCUUCUGAUGAAAUGAGUAUAGGCUUAAGAUGCUAUCUCUUGAAUUUUAAUAGUAAAAGUGAAGAAAAAAUGUAUUUAGAAUUGUAAAACCCAUUCUAAUACUAACUCAGAGAAAUGCUAUUAUAACAACUUCAUUUACUUUUCAACUACAGAUGCCUUUUCUCUUUGUUCAUUGACUCUGUGUUUGUGCGUGUGUGCACAUAUGUGCAAUGUUCAAAUAGUAUGCAUUAUGCAUGUAUUGUUACUAUCAAAUAAUGUGUGUGCAAUAGAGAACGUCAGUUGAUGGGUGAUACAGAAAUGUAAUACUUAAAUAAAUAAUAAAAUAUAAUACAUUUUGGUUUUAUAAGGGAUAGCUUUUUAAACAUUUCUUCUUAUAUCUUGGACAAUAGACUCAAAAACCAAAGGCACCCCUUUUGCUAGAAUACUCUACAAGCGUGCACUGAAGUAACUGACUUAACUCUAUUGUAGAGAAUAGGUAGUCAAUGCUUAAACUUUGAAUGAAUAUCAGUGGCAAAAAAGAAGGCAAAACAUAAGCCAAAACAGAUUAUGCAAUGUUCUUUCCCCUUUUUAAUGGAAAUGUUUCACAUUAUUUAUUCAAAAGACUUGUAAGAGUUGCUAGUAUCUCACUUUUAAAACGAUCGGCUGAAUUUUCUAGGGUUUGAUAUUUCAAACAUAUUUGAGUUCAGAGCUGUACUUGUUUAAUACAUGUUAUAUAUCUGAAGUGGAAAAACAAGCAGAAAAUCCACUGCUAGCAAAAGAGAUAUUCAGGUUCCUGUCAUACUCUAUAGCUCUUAUGGGAAUGCACCAAUCUAGAAUGCAGACCAAAGACGUUUUGCUGCCUGAGGUAAAGCAGCCAUGCAUGGUGUUUUGUGUCCCAGAAUUAUUUGGGCAACUGCAGCAAGAAAUCCCUCAAGCACCUCUCU